AUGAUCGUAGUCAAUGGCGACUUCAACUUCGCCUCGCACGAGUCCGUCUUGCUGCAUAUGCCUGCAGCGGCGGUGCGACGGAGUGCGCGGCAGCACCACGCCCGCGCACCGCAGUGGCGGGCGGCCCUCGCCCCGCUGCUGGAGAUCGAGUGUGACGCCCCAACGCACUAUGGGCGUGCUGGAAAUGCAGAAGCCUCCACCGAUCGAUUAUAUUGCUCGCGUUCGGGUUGGCAGAUGUGUCAGCUGGUGGUUCAGACGUCGACUGUCGAUUUUGCUGCGUUAGUGUCGGACAAGCUCGUGUCGGAUCACGCCGCGGUGGUGGCUUCUUUCGCCCCCAGGGCCCCCAGGGUGCAGGAUGAGCGAGCUAUCCCCAAGCACAUCUUUAACGAGCCAGCGUUCAAGCAGCGCCUCGAGGGUCUCAUCGCAGCCUCCGGCUGGUUCCAGAUGCCCCCGCCCGUCAAGCUCGAACAUUACGAAAAGCUGAUGAAGAUCGCCUCGGCCGAAGAAUCACACCCCCUCGCUGGUGACAUGAUUGUUGCGCGGGCUGGCAAGGUUGAGCCCGCCCACCCGCCCUCGUUCCAGUCCUGGGUCGACCAGGUCCAGUCCGCUGCGGCGUCCACGGCCAAG